AUGGGUUUCAUGAAGCGCUUUCGCCGGCAGAAGAGCCCAAAGAACAAAGACUUCUUUCCCCGUAACGAUUAUCACUCGGUCGCCGCCUAUCAUGGUCCAGACUGCACCCCACGCCUAAAUGACAAGAUCUUGCGCCGCAUCUUCGAGGAGGUCUGUCCGCACUCCAUGGACGAGAGCUUGGAUAGCAGCGAGGAUUCCGGCAAUGAAGGCUGCAUGACCUGUGACAUGCGCGAUCUAGCACACUGCGCCCUGGUCAAACGACAAUGGUACAGUGUGGCUGCUGGUUUGCUGUACAAGAGCAUCCGCAUCGACGCUGUACAUUAUUGCGAGCUCGAGGAAGUGUACGCUGCCGAGCGUAGACGCAAAUCCCGCGGUGGCGACGAAAUCGAUCCUCCAACCACGCGACUCCUCCAGCUUUGCCGGACGGUGCGAGACAAUCACUACAUAGGACAACGCGUGCGCUUCUUGAAGCUACCAUACAUGACGAGGGAGUCUUGCAAGGCCGAUCUUGCUCGUACCGUGUCGGUCCUGCCCAACCUCGAGUACGUCGACCUUCCGGAUGGCUUCUACAACGGUGACUCCACCUGCCACACUUUACGCCAGGAGCUCCAGGCAAGGUGCCCCCAUAUUCGAAAGAUGAAAUACAAUGAGGGUGCGGAGAAGUCGCUGGAGACCCUUUUGCAAGGAUUCUGGCAAGAGCUCCGGGUCAUUGAGAUCAACAGAAUCCAGAUCGAGCCUACCGUAUUGAGGCGCGUCCUCGGCCAACUGCCCUGGUUGAGUGAGGUCUCUUUCUCCGAGGUCGCCUGGCUGAACGACAGUGUCCUACAGCCUGUUCCCGGAAUCCCCGAAUUCCCUCCACUCGACACCAUCAAACUGAGGAAGGUCAAGAAUCUCACGGCGCAAGGCCUAGCUCAAUACCUCUCGCACCCAGUCAGCCGGGAUACAUUGCGCACUCUCAAGAUCAAGGAUUGUCCUAGUUUGACAGUGCCUGCUCUCCACAUUGUCUUGCAGAUGGCUACCAAUCUCCGGACACUCGAAUUCACCGCAACAGUAUCUGCCUCGCUACCCAUCGAACCAAUUCCCCCUAUGACCUCCCGAUCACUACACACCCUGAACUAUGAGGUCAUCUCUAGCUCGAGUCACCAGAUGUAUCCACCAGCGGACUCGUACUACCAGUACCUCACCACUUCACUCAUGUCUGGGUCACUCCCAGCCUUGAGGAAACUCUUCGUUCGUGACCCUAGCUUCCCAGAGUCGCUGACGCUGGCACCGCCUGUACGCCCAUUUGCGGACUCGCCACACCACACUCCUCGUGGCUUCAACCAACCGCUCGAGGUUUUCUCCAAAGGAAUGGAUGAAUUGGACUGGAUUUUCACGUCCAUCAUCCCCGCGGAUGCCUACACGGGCAGGCGUGGAUCGCUAUCUGGUGGACGCCCCGUCAGCAGCUAUUCUGCACACAAGGGCCUCGGUCCACAAUGGGGAGGUGAAGCCCGCAAGUCUGUGGUGGUACCAAAUGGGUUCGGGGGCUUUUUGGCUGUUCCCGCAGAUGAUGAUCGGCCGCGAAGUGCAGGCCACCUCGGUCCCUCUCACCAUCGCGGCUUCAGCAACGACAGCACUGGAGGCGUUCGCGCAAGCUUCAUGAGCCAGGUCGGUAGAGACAAGAGGUCGUCCAGGGCCGAUCUCUGGCGGUAA